AUGUCUGGGGCACAGUGUAGUCGUGUAGAACCUUGUGGUGCGCUACGACUGCACUUUGUGCCUCAGACUUACACGUUAUGUUUCAGCCCGGGAGGUCCCGGUGGAAGAGGAGGUUUUCAAGAUCGUGGGGACCGUGGAGGCCGUGGUGGCUACGGAGGAGAUAGAGGUGACAGUGGAGGUUUUCGUCACGAUGAUCGUGUUGAGCUUAAGGAGACUGUAUUUGUGCAAGGAGUACCUGUCACGGCAAAUGAAACCUACAUCGCUGAUGUCUUUAGUACUGUUGGCGACAUAGCUAAGAAUGACAGAACAGGAGCUCCGCGAAUAAAAAUCUACACAGACAGAGGAACGGGAGAACCUAAGGGAGAAUGCAUGAUCACAUUCGCUACCGCUGAGGUUGCUCAGCGCUGUAUUGAAAUGUACAAUGGUCAACCAUUUCCUGGUGGUGACCGCCCAAUGACAAUCUCUAUUGCUAAAUUCAAGCCAAUGGAUCCUAGCGCUCGAGGUGGGCCAGGUGGUGGUUUCCGAGGAGGUCGCGGAGGAGGAGGUAGAGGCGGAUUC